AUGCUCGGAAAGUUUCAUUUAUCUAUUCCAAUCCAUCAGAGUAUUUUAUAUCGAACUAUAUUUCUCACUAUUUGCAUUAUCUAUCUAUCUAUUUAUCUAUCUGUCUAUCUAUCUAUUUUAUUUUUCUUUCUAUCAGUAUCUUUUAUAUCGAACCAUAAUUCUCACUGUUUUCAUUAUCUAUCUAUCUAUCUAUCUAUCUAUCUAUCUAUCUAUCUAUCUAUCUAUCUAUCUUUCUCUCUUUCUGUAUGUCUCUUAAUUUUCUUUCUGCCACAAUAUUUUAUAUUGAACCAUAUUGCCCAUUUUCCAAUAUCUAUCUAUCUAUCUAUCUAUCUAUCUAUCUAUCUAUCUAUCUAUCUAUCUGUCUGUCACUUUUCAUUUUUUUCUAUCAGAAUAUUUGAUAUCGAACAAUAUUUCUCACGGUUUCCAUUAUCUAUCUAUCUAUCUAUCUAUCUAUCUAUCUAUCUAUCUAUCUAUCUAUCUAUCUAUCUAUCUAUCUAUCUAUCACUUUUAAUUUUCUUUCUAUCAGAGUGUUUUAUAUCUAACCAUAAAACUUGUGGUUUAGGUGUUUAUUUGCAGAAAUCUCUGGAAUAA